AUGGGUAUCUCUCGUGAUUCAAUUCACAAGAGACGUGCCACUGGUGACAGUGAGCUUGUUCGUACACAAACUCUUGUGAAGAGUGCAAUUGUUCAAGUUGAUGCUGCUCCGUUUAAACAAUGGUAUCUCCAACAUUAUGGAGUUGAUAUUGGUCGUAAGAAGAAAGCUGCUGCAAGCAAGAAAGAAGGAGAGGAAGGAGAUGCGGUAGCCACGGAGGAAGUGAAGAAAAGCAAUCAUGUUCAAAGGAAGCUUGAGAUCCGACAAGAAGGCAGAGCACUUGACUCUCACCUUGAAGAGCAGUUUAGCAGUGGAAGGUUGCUUGCAUGUAUCUCAUCAAGACCUGGACAAUGUGGCCGUGCUGAUGGGUACAUAUUGGAAGGAAAAGAGCUCGAAUUCUACAUGAAGAAACUUCAAAAGAAGAAGGGCAAGAAUGCUGGUGCUGCAUAGGAAACAAAUUUUUGGAUUUG